AUGGCUGACAUCCAAAUUCACCUGUUCUACUUUAUCUGCGGACCGGUCUUCAUAUGGAUGGUAUUCAUGUACUUCUACUACUGCUAUCUGAAUGUCCGCGAGUGUCGUAGAUCCCGGGGGCGCGAGGCCACGCCUUCCCUGCUUGACGAUAUCUGUGUGGAACCACUGGAAGUCUAUUGACAAAGUUAAGUUAAGUCCAUGUGAGUCACAGCACUGCGAGAAACAUAUCAAGAAACAGUGACAAGCGGCAUUUCAAUUUAACUUUUGGUUAUCAAAAUCUGCUUAGCAACUCUUGGUAUGUUGUAGU